GUGGGAACCUUCCCGAGCCGAAGCCGGACGACUGGGCUCUCUUGAAGCCGCGGAUCGGAUACGCACACAGCGCGCAAGCGGCGAGGAAAAGAGGAGUUUCAUUCGCACAUCUGAAAUGCGCUCCGGUCCGCCGUGCGCUCUCAGCCACUGACAGCGUCUGCAGCCUGCUUCAAGAUGGCGGCUCGGCUCCUAUUCAUUUUCUGCUGAUCGCCUCCCAACUUUCAUUGUCUAUUCGCCUCAAGACCCACCGAUUCCCAGCCGAGCCUCCAGGAUUGUUGCUCCUUUCUCUCAACAUGCAUCGGACGACCAGGAUAAAGAUUACUGAGCUCAACCCUCACCUCAUGUGCGUCCUGUGCGGAGGAUAUUUCAUAGACGCAACGACCAUCAUCGAAUGUCUUCACUCAUUUUGCAAGAUGUGCAUUGUGCGCUACCUGGAAACCAGCAAAUACUGUCCCAUCUGUGAUGUACAAGUGCAUAAAACCAAGCCUCUGCUCAACAUAAGGUCUGACAAAACUCUACAGGACAUUGUGUACAAGCUGGUCCCCGGCCUCUUCAAAAAUUUAUUGCUGGAAAUCACAGAGGAAAAACAGAGCCCUGAUGAAAUGAAGAGGAGGAGAGACUUUUACGCGGAGCACCCCGUAGAUGCGUCGAAUGGAUCAAAUGAGGAUCGUGGCGAGGUGGCAGACGAGGACAAGAGAAUUAUUACAGAUGAUGAGAUUAUCAGCCUCUCUAUUGAGUUCUUUGAUCAGACCAGACUGGGAGGUGGAGUGGAGGACAAGCCAUCUAAAGAUCAGGUGGCUAACAAGAGGUAUCUGCAGUGUCCAGCAGCCAUGACAGUCAUGCAUCUGAGGAAGUUUCUGCGCAGCAAAAUGGACAUCCCAAGUACCUACCAGGUUGAAGUCAUGUAUGAAGACGAACCUCUGAAAGAUUACUACACGUUAAUGGAUAUAGCAUAUAUCUACACUUGGAGAAGAAACGGCCCUUUGCCGCUGAAGUACAGAGUCCGACCCAACUGUAAGAAGAUGAAGGUGAGCCACGCGCAGGAGGAAGGCCAGAACAGCGCGAGCAGAUCCGGUCCCGAGAGCGAUUCUGCCAGCGACAAAGCCGGGAGUCCCGCCGGGGCUCCUUCGACGUCCUCGUCGCUGCCGAGCCCCGGCACGCCUGCGCAGUCCCCGCACCCGCAGCUCCCGCACGGCCCCGUUAACGUCAACGGGACGUCGGCCGCCGCCCCUCCGGCCCCCAGUCGGCCUUUCACUCAGUUCGGCAGCGGCGGCAGCGGCGGUAGCAAACCCCGGAAGGUUUCUCUGAACGGCUCGUCGACCUCCUCCGGAUGACGCGGGGCUCGCGACCGAACUGGACCAGCCAACGACCCCCGCUCAGCUCAUAGGCCUACUGUUUUCAUGCCAACGUAGUUCCAUUGUGUAGACAAUGUUAUCUCUCUUUCUCUCUCCAUUUGUUGUUAUAAAUAUUAUGGCAUCAUAUGUAAGUUUAAACGUAGUGGAACCAGAGACAUUUCAAAAUAAAAGGAACGAGGAAGUCGAGUGGCGUGGGAAAUUUUUAAUAUGAAAGCAGAUUUUGAUGUUGACAAAAAAAAAAGUCGGAAAGGAGAAGGACAAGCAUUUAUCCCCUUUUUAAAGCUACAUCUUUAUUUUACAGAAGUGACUGAAGAUAGACUUUUCUAUUUUAUUUUCCAAUGAAACGUGUUUAUCAUGAUUAUUCCAUGUGUGUUGGGAUAUUUUGAGUCAGUUUAAACAUGCAUGCUCAUGAUAACAUUUUUUAUUUUCUUUUAUGGAAGAGGAUUCUGCGUGUUUGCCCCACAAGUCUCAUUUUUGGCGGGUUUAGUGUUUCAGGCAUCGAGUUUGUUCCGAAAGGAAAAUGAGUUUGUGUAGCGCUGCUGGCUUCACGGAGGGGGGAAAAAAAGCCUGAAAAAUCAACUUUAAAUUGCCUUUUUACUGGAAAAAAAAACAGUUUCUUGUAGCUGCAGUGGAAUCGGAUUGCUUAUUUCUAACACGUUAUAAGCAGUUUUAGAGAUUCCACGUGUAAAUAGAAACAAAAUGCAUAUUUAAUCAGCGAUGAUGUUAUUCUCUUAUUCCCCUUUGUUCUGAGGGAAUGACUUGGGCUCCUGUUCAGCUCCAUUACAUGCUUAAUGACAGAUGUUUUGAUGUCUCCUGUGUUUUCCGUAUUUGUAUCCCUCGAUUGUAUGGACAACUUAUUGUAUUGUUACUGUUGCACAGUAUAAAACAUCUAAAUAAAAACAUUUUACACUUA